CUUCUUCACCACCAGACACACAAGUCAAAACAACGAGCGAGAGUAGCAGAGAGAUCUACAGUGAGCUAGAUCAAGAGAGCAACCUAGCAAUGACGGAGGAGGUGAUUCUUCUGGAUUUCUGGGCGAGUAUGUAUGGGAUGAGGACGAGGAUUGCACUGGCGGAGAAAAGAGUCAAGUACCAUUACAGAGAAGAAGAUCUUUGGAAUAAGAGCUCUUUGCUCCUCCAGAUGAACCCGGUUCACAAGAAAAUCCCGGUUCUCAUCCACAACGGUAAACCGCUAUGUGAAUCUCUCUUUCAGCUCGAGUACAUAGACGAGACUUGGCCCGAAGAAAACCCUCUCCUUCCCUCCGAUCCUUACAAGAGGGCUCGUGCCAAAUUCUGGGCCGACAUCAUCGACAAAAAGGUGAACGUUGCGGGGAGGAGGAUAUGGACGACAAAAGGUGAGGAGAAAGAAGAAGCAUCCAAGGAGUUAAUCGAGAUACUCAAGACGCUUGAAUCCGAGCUUGGAGACAAAGAUUACUUUGGAGAAGAAACGUUCGGGUAUGUGGACAUAGCUCUCAUUGGGUUCUAUAGCUGGUUUGGAGUGUACGACAAGUAUGGGAAUAUCAAUAUCGAAUCAGAGUGUCCAAAACUGAUUGCCUGGGCCAAAAGGUGUUUGCAGAGAGAGAGCGUCGCUAAAGCCUUGCCCGAGUCAGAGAAGAUCACUACGUUCAUUUCCGAGCGUAGGAAGAAACUUGAACUAGAGUAAAUUUCUCUUCUUUGUUCUGUUCCAUGUCGAUCGGUUCUUGUGUUUCUUCUUUUCUGUUUGGCUGUUUGCGGUCUUGUCUGCCGCAUAAUAAUACGUACUAGUUUGGGAGACUAUAUUUUCGAUGUUUCUUUCUUUUUUGUUACAUAACUAUGUGAUUCUAUGUCUUCGAAUAAUGUUUAUGUAAACUUGAUUUCAGUUUCAGUGUUCAA